AUGGACAGUUUUCCACAGGACAACAUCGGUGAUCAGAUCAGAUUAGCUGGGCCUGGGUCCACUCGAUGCUCUGGAAGAGUUGAAAUCUAUCACAACUAUACCUGGGGAACAGUCUGUGAUGACGGCUGGGACUUAAAUGAUGCUAAGGUGAUUUGCAGGCAGCUGGGCUGUGGGACAUCACUGGAGGCCCUUCAAUCAGCCCGCUUUGGUCAAGGAACAGGACAAAUCUGGCUUGAUGAUGUGAGCUGUUCAGGCAGUGAAAGGUCUCUAACUGAGUGUCAACACAGAGGAUUUGGGACACACAACUGUGGACACGGUGAGGACGCUGGUGUCGUCUGUUCAGUGGAUCUCCCAAAGCCCAACAUCUCCAUGAAUCCUGCUAGCGAGGUUAACUGGGGUCAGAACGUCAGCAUCACUUGUUCAAUCUCAACUCAGCUUUCAGGUGGAACAUUCAUUCUGAAUAAUACCUCAAGUUCAUUCAGAAAGAAUCAAACAUCAAGUACCAACUCUACUACCUUCAACAUCCCUAAUGUGAACUUUGAUAAUGAGGGAUCGUACCAGUGUCAGUAUGAGACAAGCAUUUCAAAUCAAUCAUUCAGCUCUCUGAGUGACUCUGCCACACUCUCUGUGAGCUUCCCAAAGCCCAGCAUCUCCAUGAAUCCUGCUGGUGAGGUUAACUGGGGUCAGAACGUCGGCAUCACUUGUUCAAUCUCAACUCAGGUUUUAGGUGGAACAUUCAUUCUGAAGAAGACCUCAAGCUCAUUCAGAAUGACCCAAUGGUCAAGAACCAACUCCGCUACCUUCAACAUCCUUCAAGUGACCUUCAGUAAUGAGGGAUUGUACCAGUGUCAGUAUGAGAUAAGGGGUUCAAGACGAAACUUCAACUCCCCUCUAAGUGACUCUGUCAGACUCUCUAUCACUGUGAGACUGCAGCAGCCCAAUAUCUCCCUGACAUCUCCUAAUGGAGAGCUGGUCUGGGGUGCUGAGGGUGCAGAGGUCACCAGGAGUUCCAGCUUUGUCUUCACUUGCUCCAUUAACUCCAUCUAUCGUGAAGGCCAUUUCUCUCUCAUCUUCUCUGGCUCCAACGUUAAUUACACAAAGCCAGCAGUCAACCUCUCAGCCUCCUUUAACUUCCCUGAGGCUGAGUAUGAACACCAGGGCAACUACAGCUGUGUGUAUGAAGUCACUCUGUCUGGGCAGAAGUUCAGUUCAACAGAGACAGCACCAAUUAUUGUCAUCAUUAAAUUGCCGUUGUUGCUGCUGAUGUCUUCAGUAGCUGCUGGGAGUCUGCUGCUGCUCCUGCUGGUCUUGUUGGUGGUCUGUCUGGUCCGCAGGAGAAGACGACAAGCCAAACAGCCCAUAGCUCUCGCUCUGACUCCAGUGGCUUUCAGUGUUAAGAAUCAUAACGGAGAUGAUGAGGAUGAGGAGGAGGAGGAAGACUAUGAGAACGUUAAGCCAGUGAACACCAAGAUGAAACUCAAAGAGCAAGCAGGCGGAAUGGAGGAAGAGGAGAGUGAUGAUUAUGAGCAGCCAGAGAGUGACGAAGGUCAUGAUUAUGAAGACGUGGACAGUGAUGUGAAUUACAUAAAUGCAGAGGAGUUCUGUCACAGUGUAGAGGACGAAGGUCAUGAUUAUGAAGACGUGGACAGUGAUUUACGUCAGACACUGAAGGACAACGACCUGAAUAAAGACAUGAAGCUGAUAUGGAGGAAGCAGCCUGAUGGAAAGGUUUUCCACAUGGAAGGAAAAGAGGAGGGGAAGGAGAGCAAGGAGUUCAGCUGCAACCUUACAUGA